GGGCAUUCCGCCUCCUCUUUGGCGGAACAUACCGACCCCGGGCCUGACUAUGAUAUCAUGUCAAAAUAAGCCUUGGGCAUAAUUCAAUCCCAAAAAGCUAGCUCUAACGGAGUAGGAUUGCCCAAGCCUUAUAAGGAGACGAGGAUCUCAUCCCGGUCCGAUGUAGACUAUCGACAAAUGUGGUGAUGACUGGAAAUAUCCUUCUCAAUGGAAAGAAGAGGAGGUUGGACUAUGGUGUUGUUGCUUAUGUUACUCAAGAGGAUACACUGUUGGGAACUCUAUCUCCUAGAGAAACAAUUACGUAUUCAGCCCAUCUGCGCCUUCCAACUAGCAUGACGAAAGAAGAGGUAAACGACAUUGUAGAGGGAACAAUAAUGGAAAUGGGGUUAGGGGAUUGUGCUGAUCGGCUGGUAGGAAAUUGGCAGUUAAGAGGAAUAAGUGGCGGAGAGAAAAAGAGACUAAGCAUUGCACUUGAAAUCCUUGUACGACCUCGUAUACUUUUUCUUGAUGAGCCUACUACUGGUCUCGACAGUGCCUCAGCAUUCUUUGUUGUUCAAGCUCUUAAAAAUAUUUCCCGUGAUGGAAGAACGGUUAUUUCGUCUAUACAUCAGCCUAGUAGUGAAGUUUUCGCAUUGUUUGAUGACCUCUUUCUGUUGUCUGGUGGAGAGGCUGUAUAUUUUGGUGAAGCAAAAUCUGCAGUACAGUUCUUUGCUGAAUCGGGGUUUCCGUGUCCAAGUAGGAGAAAUCCAUCCGAUCAUUUCUUACGCUGUGUUAAUUCGGACUUUGACGUCGUGACAGCCACACUGAAAGGCUCACAACGACUCCGGGAAACACAUAAGAGUGACUAUUUAAUGAAUAUGGCAACAGCAGAAAUUAAAGAACUGCUUGCGAGCAAAUAUAAGCACUCAGCAUAUGCUACAAGGGCCAGGUCACGGAUGCGAGAACUCUUGGCCACGCAAGGAGUUGAGAUUGAAACAGUAAAAGGAAGUCAAGCUGGUUGGGGAAAGCAACUUUCAACAUUGACGCGGAGAUCAUUUGUAAACAUGUCAAGAGACAAGGGAUAUUAUUGGUCUCGCAUAGUAAUUUACAUCAUUGUAUCUAUUGCUGUUGGUACCCUCUUCUAUGAUGUCGGCACCAGUUACACAGCAAUCUUGGCUCGAGGAGCUUGUGGUGGUUUUGUCACCGGCUACAUGACUUUCAUGUCCAUUGGAGGCUUUCCGUCCUUCAUAGAAGAAUUGAAGGUUUUUACCAAAGAAAGGCUUAACGGGCACUAUGGUGUUGGAGCUUUCAUAAUAGCAAACUUCCUCUCUUCAUUUCCAUUCUUAGUUGCAGUUUCACUCAUCACCGGGACCAUAACCUAUUACAUGGUGUUUCGGGCUAGAUUCUUUCGUUAUGUGUUUUUCGUCCUAAAUCUUUUUGGUUGUAUCGCUGUUGUUGAGAGCUGCAUGAUGAUUGUAGCUUCACUUGUUCCAAACUUCUUAAUGGGAAUCAUAACAGGAGCCGGCGUGCUUGGAAUCAUGAUGAUGACUGCUGGAUUUUUCCGUUUGCUGCCAGAUCUUCCCAAGCCAAUUUGGCGCUAUCCGAUUUCAUUUCUUGGUUACGGGGCAUGGGGUUUACAGGGAGCAUAUAAGAAUGACAUGAUUGGACUUGUAUUUGAUCCACUAAUCCCUGGUGGAGAGAAACUAAAAGGGGAAGAUGUUAUCACAAAUAUGUUCAAAUUGUCAUUGGAUCAUUCCAAGUGGUGGGAUUUACUCGCAUUAUACGCCCUCAUUCUGAUGUAUCGGCUUCUAUUCUUUAUUAUUCUCAAGUUAAAGGAGCGAGCAACGCCAUUUUUCCGAUCAAUGUACGCCAAGAGAACUAUGCAUCAACUCAAAAAGCGGCCGUCAUUCAAGAGGAAACCAUCUUUAUCUUAUUCAAGAAGACAACAUACUCUCAGGUCAUUGUCUUCUCAAGAGGGUCUUAGCUCUCCAAUCCCAUAGGAACGAUAAAUCUCAAAUUCUGGCACCAGAGGCGAGUUCAGGAUUUAGAGUCAAUGGGUUCAGAAUCGAUGUAAUGUCUUUUAUGUAAGAAUUAGUGACUCAAGCUGAAAGUUGUGGGUUCAAUUGAACCUGCUUUAGAUCCACCUCGAUCUUGCCGUUACCCGAUUCUCAACAUAUAAUACUGUUAAUAUCUCAUAAGAUCAUAGAAUUCUGGUCAAUUACAUUGUCAUUGAGUUUUCAUUUGUUGAACAAUGCAAUAAAUUUGCUUCUAUUAAAGAGCCAGACAAAUUGCUGUA